CCCAUGAUCGCGCCGCAGGAGGACAGCUCUGGUAAUGUACCAGAAACAGCGCACGAACCACCACAACCGACGCCUAUCACAGACCAAGAGGUGGGAGAAUAUUGGGAGCAGGAUCGUUUCCCACCAAUUGCAAAUGUCUCCCGUAUCAUGAAGCAGUCCGAUGCCAAGGAGUGCGUUCAGGAAUGUGUUUCAGAGUUUAUAAGUUUCAUGACUUCUGAGGCCGCUGAGAAAUGUCAGAUAGAGAAGCGGAAAACAAUCGGAGGCGAGGAUAUCCUAUACGCCAUGGUGUCUCUAGGGUUUGAGAACUAUGCGAAAACACUGAAGAUUCAUCUGGCAAAAUUGAGACAGCACCAAGCAGGAUCUUCGUCGAAAAGUUUGUGUUCGGAGUGUAUCGAUGAUUAUCGAUAUUAUCUUCCUCGCACGCCUGCCAAGUGUUAUAACAAAUACAUUGACAAUUGA